GGCAAGGACUCCAUGUCGAUGUCUAUGAAGUGGCGUGAGGGAGAGGAGCAGAAGGAGGUCAGCUCCCCUCUUUCGUUGAUCAUCACUGCGUUUGCCCCUGUGAAGGAUGUCCGCACAACCUGGACUCCUCAGUUGCGCAAGGACAUUGAUAAACCCACCAGCCUCGUCUUCUUCGACCUGGCCAAGGGGAAGGAACGAUUGGGAGGUUCUGCUCUCGCCCAAGUUUUCAAGGAGAUCGGUUCUGAAGCGCCUGAUGUUGAGAACCCCGCUGUGCUGAAGGCCUUCUUCCAAGGCUGCCAACAGAUCAAAGCCAGCGAUCCUGACCUCGUCCUUGCGUAUCAUGAUCGAUCUGAUGGUGGUCUGUUCACUACAAUCGCGGAGAUGUGCUUUGCUGGCCGUGUCGGGGCUGAGAUAUCUCUUGACGCACUCCACUCUGACUCCAACCCCAUUCCAACCUUGUUCAAUGAGGAACUUGGGGCAGUUGUUCAGGUCCGCCAGUCGCAUCUUCCGCGCCUUAUGACCGUGUACAGCAAUGCUGGUUUCCCGUCCACGUCCAUCCACGUCAUUGGCCGCGUCACUGAUGAGCAGACUAUCACCAUCAACCACAAAGGCAACACCCUGUACGUCGGUGAACGUGCCGGGUUGCAAAAGAUAUGGGCGGAGACAUCUUUCAGGAUGCAAUCCCUCCGUGACAAUCCUAUCGCCGCACAGGAAGAGUUCGACCUCAUCCAAGAUAACUCUCACACUGGCCUCUUCUAUGACCUCAAGUACUCCAACACACCUUUACCUUUAUACACCUCUCGUCCAAAGGUUGCCAUCCUUCGUGAGCAAGGUGUCAACGGCCAUGUCGAGAUGGCUUGGGCGUUCACAGAAGCAGGCUUUGACGCAAUUGACGUGCACAUGUCUGAUAUCCUCAGUGGUAACGUCAGUUUGGUCGAUUUCCGAGGAUUGGUCGCUUGUGGUGGGUUCUCCUACGGUGACGUGCUGGGCGCAGGCAAGGGGUGGGCCAACUCUGCGCUUCUGAACGACACCGCUCGCCAGGAGUUCAAGGAGUUCUUCGCGCGAGAGACCACGUUCGCCUUGGGCGUGUGUAAUGGCUGCCAGUUCCUGAGCCAUCUCCGCGAACUUAUACCUGGAGCGGAGGACUGGCCCGAGUUCAAGCCCAAUAGAAGUGAGCGUUUCGAAGGCCGGGUAUCUAUGGUGGAGAUCGUGGAAAGUGAGGCGACAAAAGCGUCCGUCUUCCUGUCGGACAUGGUGGGCUCGAAGCUGCCAGUGGCCGUUGCACACGGAGAGGGAAGAGCCUCAUUUAUGAGUGACAGUCAACAAAAAGCUUUGGAGUCGAAAGGAUUGGUGGCUAUCCGUUAUGUUGAUUCGAACGGCCUCCCCACGGAGCUGUACCCGUUGAACCCGAACGGCAGUCCAGCUGGGAUUAAUGGCGUUCAGACGCCAAAUGGUCGCAUCUUAGCACUGAUGCCGCAUCCAGAGCGAGUUGCAGCCCUGGAGAGUAACAGUUGGUAUCCCGACAACCUCGUCGGAACGUGGAAGGGCGUAGGCCCUUGGUUUAGGCUGUCCAGAAUGCG